AAGUUGAGGGGCAACAUAAUGUCCCCAACACACUGCUUUGGCCCCUGCUCCGGAUAAACGGGAGGCUCAAAUCAGGCUCCGUUUGAGUCAAUCGGCUGGUUGUUGAGUCAUUCUUGACCUCGGCUUGAAGUCAACCGAUCGAUGCAGAUCAGGCGGACGCGUCAGACAAGAUGUGUUCUUGACUGCAUUGUGAGGGUAUAGCUCCUGGGAAACCCUGGUGUGACGGUCUAUGGUAGUCUUUCAUGUGACGACAUCCCCUUGUUGGGCUUCAUGGUGGGUGGGGUCACCAGGAGCUGAACUGUUGUUAUAAAAUAUGGAUUCACUAAAACAUAAAACAUGUACUGAUGCAUUACCACCAAAGGAUUCCAUUUCUUCCAAUCAACCAGCAUAUCUUAUUGUUCAUGCUAUGGGAGAAACACCUUUAUCUAAACGUUCUCCUUUUUUGAUUAAAAAAUUGUUUGAAUCGACCAUUGGGAAUCUUAAAAAAAUUCAAAAACUGAGGUCAGGAGAUCUACUUGUAGAAGCAGCCUCCCCUCAACAGUCAGCAAAGCUUCUCAAAAUGAAGUCUCUAGGAGAAAUAAUGGUAACCAUCACACCACACACAAAUUUGAACUUGUCACGUGGUGUGAUAUCUGAAAUCGAUCUGAUGUCUGAGGAUGAAUCAGAUAUUCAGAUUUGUCUCUUAGACCAAGGUGUCACUGCUGUUCGACAAAUUUCAAUCCAUCGUGAUGGCAAGUUGAUACCAACAAAACACCUUAUAUUGACUUUCAACAAAUUAACAUUGCCAUCUUCUGUUGCGGCAGGAUAUCUCUGUUGCCCAUCUUGCCCAUACAUUCCAAAUCCACUACGUUGCUCUAAACGUCAGCGGUUUGGACAUUCCCAAAUAUCAUGCAGAGGAAAAGAAGCAUGCACGCAGUGUGGAAAUGAAGACCACGAGAGUACUGAAUGCACAAGUUCCUCAUGCUGUGUAAACUGCAAAGAUUCCCACCCUGCCUAUUCUCGAAAAUGCACUGCAUGGCAGAGAGAGAGAGAAAUUCAGCGAUUGAAGAUUGUUAAUAAUACAUCUUACCCGGAGGCACGUCGCAUGGUUAUUUUAAGUGCACCAGUGAAACAGAAGACAUUUGCUGCUGUUCUUAAAUCCACAAAGACAUGUGGAGUUCAGACAGACAUUUCUGUUUCACCAAAUGAAUCUCUGACUUGCCAUGAAAAAUGUCUGCUGAUACCAUCUACCAAAGCAACAGAAAAAGAGAAUAACAAAGCAAAACCACUUAUACCUAAAACAGGGGUAACAACUAGGAAUGUGGGUUCCAAAAAAGCCAGUAAGAACCCACUUAAUAAACAAAGGAUAAAAGCAGCCCUCUCUAAAUAAAAAAAAUCGGAGACUCAGUCUAUGAGCGAGUUCUCCGACUUCUCUGAUGAAAAGAAUAAUAAGGGGGGUGACACCACCAACAUCACCUCCAAAAGAAAAAGCACCUGUGAAAUUAAAGAGGGAUAAUUUUGCUAAAAAUGCUGCCUCAAACACAUAAUGGAUUAUAAAAUAAUUCAAUGGAACUGUCAUGGUUUCUGCAACAACUUCUCUGACACUAAACACUUGACAUCAUCUACCUCAUCUCUGUGCGUGGCACUCCAGGAAACCCAUCUGAAACCUGGAGAAAGGAUUACUUUAAAAGGAUUCAAUCUCUAUUGCAAGGAUGAUGAUCACCAC